AGCUUCACGACUCGCAGCAUGUGGUUGAACAGUGUUCGAGACUUCAUCCUCAAUUAUUCCUGCCAGCUAUCAACACCUAUCAUUGCGGCAAUUGGAUGGUGCCAGACCUGGGUUAUCGCUUCUAUUUUUCUCUCCAUGGGAAAAUCCAACGAGGUUGUUGAGGCCAUUGAAGAGUCACGACUGCAGAGUUCCUUCGUGAGAUACUAUAACGAAGCCAGAGAAGACCCAGGUCACUCGGAAACGUCCACUUGUAAUUAUGUUGCAGAGCAAAGGUAUACGGGUAGUCUAGCAAAGCGUACGGUACUUGCUGCAUGGCCCGGGCUUGCAGAUCGUUCCACCGCUACUCCCAAAAAGGCCGUCGGUGUGAUGUCAAUGGACCCUGGACUCAGCACGCAACUUUUUGACCUCUAUCACUCCGUCUGCAAUGCAGGCUACCUUGCAUACCUGUCAUUCCUCAUUCAAAUUACCGGCUCUCUCUACGGUAUCGUGACAGUCUCGAUCAUUUGGGCAGAUGAUGCACGUCUCAGAGAGGAAGCUUAUGGCUUCCCGUGGGCACCUCUUCACGCUCUUUAUGUUACGAUGGCUAUCGCUGUUGCACUGGAAUUCCUCUUCGCUGUCAGGGGAUUCCUCAUUGGUUGGCAUAUGAGCGUGCUUCCUGGUAUCCUCCGUUUCUUUGUUGUCUUUUCGUGGUUGCUUCCUAGCGCAGAGGCGCUGACACUAAUAUUUGGCCUUAUCGCAAUGAAGAUGGAGGUUUCAUUCAUCUCCGCCAAGGUGAUCAUCUUCGGGCUCCCGGCACUGUGGUUAAUGAUCGGGCCGUUGCUUAUCAUCGGAGCAUCGUUGGGAUCGCACUUUGGCAUGUUGAAUUGUCUUGUUGUCAAUUCUAGCUUGUGCGCCACAGCUUGAGCGAACAGGCGUGCAGUCAGGCAGAUAUCGGAAGGAGCAUGUAUCUUGCCGUUUAUUGUCCUGCUUUACGUCCUAGUCUUAUCAUUGAAGUCCAUGAUAUUCAUGCGACACUUCUGCUUUCAAUUAUUCAAACACUCGAUUUGCGAGAGGUCACAGCCAUAUCAUACCCACCCCCUUUACAUAAAGCAAGUCAACUAACCAAAUAGAGUGCAUUGAUAUGAUAACAAACUUCUCCUCGAA